AUGCCCGAAUACCUGACUCAAGAACAAAUCGACAAGUUCGACCAAGACGGAUAUCUCAUCGUCCCAGGCUUCCUGGACAUAUCUGAAUCAGAUGCCCUGCUCCAGCGCUCGAAGCAGCUCCUCGAGGAGUUCGACCUGCAGAACCACCCUCUGACCAAGUUCACUACGGAGGACGACAACCACGUCGGGGACGACUACUUCCUAACUUCUGGCGACAAGAUCCGCUACUUCCUCGAAGCCGACGCCGUCGACGCCUCCGGCGCGCUCACCCGCCCCAAAGAGAAUGCCGUCAACAAGAUCGGGCACGCGCUGCACGAGCUCGACCCCGCGUUCCACAGGGUCACGCUGCAGAACCCGCGCCUGCGCGCGCUGGUGCGGGAUCUCGGGUUCCACAAGGAUCCUGUAGCACUGCAAUCGAUGGUGAUAACGAAGCAACCCCAAAUCGGCGGCGAAGUCCCAGAACACAACGAUUCAACAUUUCUCUACACAACCCCGCCCUCCGCCCUCGGGUUCUGGAUCGCCCUCGAGAAAUGCACCUCCUCCAACGGCGCGCUCUCCUUCGCCCCCGGCUCGCACAAGACCGCGCCGCUCACCAAGCGCUUCGUGCGCCUGCCCCAGGGCGGGACGGGCAUGCAGCGCGUCCUCCCCGUCGAAGAAGAGCAGAAGAUAUCAGAGGCGCAUAAAGGGAAGUACGUAUUGGAGACCUGUGAACCUGGCGAUCUGGUGCUGAUUCACGGAUCCGUAUUGCACAAAUCUGAACGCAACACGAGCCCCUACACCCGCUUCGCUUACACCUUCCAUAUGAUCGAAUCGCCCCCUCACGCAACAUAUGAUGAAAAGAACUGGCUGCAGCCGACAGCAGAGAUGCCGUUCUCAAAGAUUUUGGUGUGA